AGAAGAGAUGGUGGAUCCAUCCAAGAUUAUCGAAACAGCCGCGGGAGGCUGCCUGGUAGCUCUGGUCAGGAAGCUCGCUUCCCUGACGCUCAGUGAGAUCUCCCAGCUGAGUGCCAUCUCCGGCAACAUCGACUGGCUGAAAGAGGAGCUGCAGCUCCUGCACGCCGUCCUGCUAGAUCUGUCAGAUGAGGAGAAUCCUAGCCACCAAAUGAAGCUCUGGAAGAACAAAAUAAGAGAGCUAUCAUAUGACAUCGAUGAUGCCAUCAACGGGUUCCUACUCGCCUCGAGCAAGGAGAAAGAUCCCGGACUCCAGCAUGACCCAGGCUUCGUUGAUCGCAUCAUGGCGACCAUUCGAAGGUGCACCGAUCGAAUCAGAAGCUUACCCUCUGAUUUCGGGAUCACCCGAGAGAUCAAGAAGCUCAAGGAUCGUGUUAAUGCGGCAGAAGACCGGCACAAGAGGUUAAAGACAGGGACGAACAGUGAUGCUGGCCCAAGCUAUGAUGCUAUUCCUAUCCGGGAUGUUGCUCAAUAUGCGGAUCCAGCUAGCCUCGUGGGCAUUGAUGCUCCGAGAGAAGAGAUCAUCCGCAAGCUCAGUCUCCAGGUGCCGCCGUGCCGGGCUCUUCAGUGAAUCAUCGCAUGGUGGUGGCCAUUGUUGGAUUUGGAGGCCUAGGCAAGACUACUCUCGCUAAACAGGUUUUCGACAAAAUUGCCGGGAACUUCGGCUGCACAGCUUUCGUGCCUGUGUCAAGAAACCCCGAUAUCAAUAAGGUUCUGAGAGAUAUAUUGUUGGAUUUCAAUUCUGGCGACUCGCCCGAAGCUCUACGACAGCUUGAUAAACGGCAACUCAUAAAUAAGCUCAGGAAAUACAUCGAAGGGAAGAGGUACCUGGUUGCUGUUGAUGACAUAUGGAGCAAAGAUGCAUGGAUAAUUCUAGAUAGUGCACUGUUCAGAAAUAAUCAUGGCAGUAGAAUAAUUGUCACGACACGCAAGAAUGACGUUGCUGAAGAAUGCUGCCCUUCUAGCCUCGAUCAUGUCUACAGAAUGGAUCCUCUUGACAAGAAUGACUCAGAAAACUUGUUCGUAGAAAAAGCCUUUGGCCGCAAAGGAUGCCCUCCUAAUCUCAGAGAUGUUUGUGGUAAAAUCUUGAAAAAAUGUGCUGGGUCUCCACUGGCCAUCGUAACCUUGUCUGGUUUGUUGCGUAAUAAGGUGACAGUAUCUCAAUGCGAGGAGGUGCUACAUUCUCUGAGUAAUGCAGUUCCGGAGGACUCUGAUGUUGAUGCGAUGAGAAAGAUAUUAUCUUUCAGCUAUUUCGAUCUUCCUCAUCAUCUAAGAACAUGUCUAUUAUAUUUUAGCAUGUUUCCGGAAGAUAUCAUGAUCAGAAGGAAGCGUUUGUUAAAUAUGUGGAUUGCUGAAGGGUUUGUUCAUUGCAGUGAUGGAAGAAAUAAAACUGAAAUUGCUGGUCAUUAUUUUGCUCAGCUCAUCAGUAGAAACUUGAUCCAGCCGGUGGACAUACAGUAUGAUGGCCAGGCACAGGCUUGUCGGGUUCACGACACUAUUUUGGAUUUCAUUGUGUCUAAAUCCCUUGAAGAGAACUUCGUUUCGUUUCUUGGUUAUCAGUUGGGCAGACCAGAUGACAAGGUUCGUCGCUUAUCUAUCCAUUACCAGAAGUUCCAAGAUGGCGCAGGACUUGCAGGACAGGAUCUAUCUCAUGUCCGAUCACUUUGUAUUUUUGGGGAACCUCUGCACAAGUCAUGUACUGUUUCUCUUAGGGGACUGACCAAUUUGCGAGUUUUUGAUGCCAGGAAUGGUUCCCCUUAUUAUACAGAGCGUGAUGAUGAAUUAUUUGAUGUGGUAUUAACGUUUCCUCAUAUUGAUUUUGAUGUGUCAGAGUCUCCUCAGCUGAAGUAUUUGGACAUGUAUGAACUUAUGCCGAUGGAAAUGGCAAGACAAUUUUACACAAGGGAGGUCUUAACAGGGAUUGCAAACCUGCAGUAUCUAGAAACACUGGACUUAAGGAGUGCCAUGGUAAAGGAGUUGCCGUCUGAUAUUUACAAACUUCAGCAGCUAGUGCGUCUGUUCAUCAGACCAAGGGUCAUAUUGGCCACUGGCAUUGGACGAAUGGAGGCCUUGGAAGAGCUGAAAGAGAUCUCUAUCUACAGCUUCUAUUCACUGGAAUUCCUGCAAGAACUAGCCCAGCUAACCAAGCUGAGAUCAAUUCACAUUCGCAUGGAAGAUGGUCAGAUCGGUCUUGAACAGGAAUUGGUCUUAAUAUCUUCAAUUUACAAACUAAGCAUGUGCAACCUUCAUUCACUUAAGAUUGAAUUUUUCAACAAUUGUGACGCUCAAUAUGGCACGUAUGCCCUUUCCUUGCAAUAUCCUCUACAAAGUCUGAGAAAGUUCCAAAUGAGGCACAUCCACUUCACUAAGAUUCCAAAUUGGAUGGGCUCACUAAAUCACCUUGAGAAACUAGCAUUGGAAGUCGGAGAAAUGGAGCAGAAAGAUCUGGAUAUCCUAGGAGAGUUGCCCAGCCUACUAUACCUCUUUUUUGCAGUUAUUGAGUGCCCUAAAGAAAUGUUAACUUUCAGGGAGAGCACAGGAUUCCAUUGUCUGAAGUAUUUGGAUGUAGGCAAUAUCCUUAAUGGAGCGGUAAUGCUGGAGUUUCAAGCUGGAUCUAUGCCGAGGCUUGAACACCUAGAACUUGCCAUACACACGUCCGACAGUACCUUAUGCGGCUGUUUUGUUUCCGGCAUUGAGCACCUUAACAUGCUGACCAGGGUUCGCAUUUUGAUUUUUAAGGAGCCGGAUCAGGAUGGGGUGGCGACAGACGUCGAGUCUGCUAUUACGAGUGCAGUCGACAAGCUUCCAAACAAUCCCACACUCCGUAUUGAGGUGAGCCCAGUCUUCCCGGUACACAACAAAGCCUAUAACAUGCGUGGUGGGCUGGGGAGUAGCAGGCGGGGGAGACUUAUGUAACCGACGGUAUAUAUGAACGUUACUGCAGUUCUGGGCCUUUGGGAUGCGGCAUGCUAAAUUGUUGAUCAAGGGUGAGCCUUUGAAGGUUACAUUGUGGUUCUCCAGGUUUCAUGUGCUCCUCAGCAAAGAAAAUGGCCAUCACUUCUACUACUGUGUGUGUUGGUGUGACAGCUGCGCGAGUUUUGUUGUGAUGCUUGCAUGCUUGUUUGUCUUAAACCUUGAGUAUAUCUGCAUUUUUUAAAUUUGAGACUGGUAGCAUCCAGAUGUAUGUUUCGUUCUAUUUCUGUGCUUGUACGAUGAACAUAUUGUCUGUAUUUCUGUCACAGCUACUUUCGGAUUCUGUAAAGCUAUGUGUGCGCGCUUUGAGAAUUGAGGAUUCUUUUAAGAAA